AUGAGCACAGAAGCCAACAACACCGUCACAGCCACCAAUAACGCCUCUCUUGAAGAGCCUUCACCUCCCACGUCCACUAACAAUGCCCAAAAGGACCUGGCCGAGUCUCAAAGUGACACCAAAGACACAUCCGAACAAAACAAGGACAACCAGGACCAGCACAUUCUUAUUCAUGUGGAAGAUCAGCACGAACGUAAACUCACCUUCAAAAUUAAACGAUCAGCUCGGUUAAAGAAAAUUAUGGAGUUAUAUCGCCAAAAGUAUGGACUUUCUAGCAGUGCUCGUUUUCUGUAUGAUGGAGAAAGAAUUGGCGAAAACGACACAGCUAUUAGUUUGAAUAUUCAAAAUAAUGAUAUGAUUAAUGUCACAGUCGAACAAACUGGAGGUUAUCUUGAUUUUAUGGACAUUGACAUGAACUAA